AUGUCUAGAAGACGAGUUUUAGGUGCUCCCGACACAGGGCCCGUCUUGGGAGCCUCCAUGGAUGUUCCAAACACGCCGUCCUUGUCCUCUUCUCCGUCUUCUUCAUCAUCAUCCUUGGCUGAGUAUGAUAUCCUGAAGUGUCCCAUUUGCACAGAUUCAAUGGUCACGCUUAACCAGUUGAAUAGACAUCUUGAUGAUGAGCAUGAGAUUUCCUCCUUUGGCUUUUCGGAAACAAAUUCACAGAUUGAACUGGAUUUCAAACAUUGGUUCAGAAGAACACUGGCAACAAAAGCUGAUAGUGUCGUAGGAAAACCCCCACACCAAAACCCUUCCAAGCACUCGCGUGCUGCUACACAGGAUGUGUCAUUUAUUGACAGUACCGGUGAAGAAGAGACACAAAAAUUGACUUUUGAAAACUCGUCAGUUAUAGAACGAGAUCAUUGGCAAAAACCUUCUGGGUCAGAUAGAUGCAGCCACAGCUCGUGUUCCAAAAGGCUGAACGGAAGAAAUGGCAUGGCAAACUGUCGAAAGUGUGGGCGAUUAUUUUGCGGUCAUCAUUCUAGGUUUCGCAUCAAGCUUGACUCUAGUCUACAUUCCAAUCCCACAAAUGGUUAUUGGAGCCGGUGCUGUCAAGAAUGCUUCUUUAGCUACAAGCCAGGAUGGGACUUGACUAAGACGGAAAACUGCGCUCUUGUCUCAGAUAAGUCUUCAAGCCUGAAAAGCAUUCGUUUGAAAAAGCUUAAUUCUGUGAAGUUAGAGAUAGUGGCUUUAGAAAAUAGAUGCAUCAAAUUAGUGGGCAUUUUCAGGGAUAUCGAGAAGAACAAUAUUCCAGCCCGUGAGCUGCGCUCGAUUGAACGAAACCUUGCUAACUGGGUGGAUGAGGCCGCGAUAAACAACUGCAACAUUUGUGGAUCAGAAUUUAGUUUCUGGAAUCGAAAACAUCAUUGUAGGAUAUGUGGACAAGUUGUUUGUGGGGACGCUUCUCGAGGUUGCUCUAUGGAAGUGCCAGCGAAUAUAGUUGUGGACAUUAUGAAUAUCGAUCAAGACUUCAAGUUGGAAAAACUACAAGACUCAUAUUGGUCAAUUCGAAUUUGUUUGAACUGCAAACAAAAACUGUUCAACAAAAGGCUAUACUUCAAAAAUGCACUUUAUGAAACGCAAUCUGAUCUAUUGCAGUGCUAUAGACAAGUAAAGGCUUUAGAAGCUAAAUUUGAAAGCAGUAUACAGUCUUCGGAUAAGGCAAUUGAGCUAAAAAAUAUUGACUUAUUGGGACGCAUGGAGAAGAUUGGAAAGGUUGUGUCCAAUAAAGUAAAUUCCUUGGAAUACGUCUUAAAGCAAAAGCAACCAAAUGUGGGGUUAAUUCCGGUCAAGCCUGAUGAACUGAAGCUCUACAAAGCCUUGAAACUUCAUAUUGUGAUGUUUUUACAAGACAAUCUUCCGGGCUUGCGCAAAGCACAACAAGAAAAAUUGCAAACAGAGCAGAGUGAGCUUGAGCAGCAAACCGGGGUUAACAACUAUAGACCUAGAUUGCUGAAGAAGGAGAUCAGAGAAUACAGAGAAAAACUGAUGGUUUUGAAUGAGCAAAAAUACAUGGUGCAAAACCUGUACAACGACUAUAAAAAACGAAAAAAAUUCGAUGAUCUCAAAUCACUCGAAACUAAUUUGGAAGAUUUGCAACACGAGAUUGAUAUUAUUGAGGAAAAGCUGGGCGACAGUGCAUUUCAAUAG